CGCCGCGGACAAACCAAAACAAAUCAAGAGCACACCAACAAGAGCCAGAGGCGCAUCAAAGUCUGAAAAUUCUCUAGCCAAAGAUGGAGGAAGUUUUUAAAUCAGGCAAGCUAAACCAGUUAGGUGGAGUGUUCGUAAAUGGGAAACCGCUUCCAAACUCCGUUCGUCAACGAAUCAUCGAAAUGGCUGAACUUGGAAUCCGUCCAUGUGAUAUCAGUCGGCAACUGAAAGUUUCACAUGGCUGCAUUAGUAAGCUGCUUUCCAAAUAUAACGACACUGGUUCGUUUGAACCCGGCCGCGCCAAGAGAAAGACAUCGAGAGAUGUGAGCUCGGAAGUGAAGAACAAAAUUGAGGAGUACAGCCACACAACACCAGAUAUCUUCUCCUGGGAAGUCAAAGAAAAGCUUGUGGCUGACGGUUAUUGCACUAAGGAAAGUCUGCCACCCUUAACUGUAAUUAGCAGGUUACUGCGACGAGCGAGAUCAACCGGCAGUGAAUAUGAAAGAUCAUCGGUUAGUGCCAGUGAAGUGGGGAUGGACAGCUCUAAAGAGAAUGCACCACACAAAGGUUUUACUCCUUUCUCUAUCGACAACAUCCUCAAAGCUGAAGAUAAAUGGGAAACAAAAGAGGAAAGGGCUGAUAAGGAAAAGAUGGAUACCAGUGAAUUGACUCCAAGCAAAGUCAUUGACCUAGGAUCUACUGUUAGCCAUUCUGCGGUACUAAGAGACUUGCCAAGCCCAGCAGUCAUCAAUUGCAACAACAGCAGCAGCAUCAACAACAGCAGCCGCCAUAAUGUAAGAUUGUAUCAGCGAAGGAACAGAACCAAGUUUACAGUUGAACAAGUCGAAGAACUAGAGAAAGCCUUUGAGAAAACGCAAUAUCCUGAUGCUCUAACACGAGAAGAACUUGCAGAGCGACUUCAUAUCAGCGAAUCCAAGAUUCAGGUCUGGUUUUCAAACCACCGUUCCAAAUCGAAAAGCAGGAAAUUCCACAAACCAGAAGCUGACGAAGACAACAGUCCUGAAUCAACUAAGACUCGUAUCUUCUACCCUUCAUAUCCAGUGGUACCUGUCAUACGCUACGCUCCAUACCCAGCUGCUCGUGUUUUUCCCUACAUGCACUUCAGACCUAUUCAGAUGAUGACACUAUAAUAACUGGAAACGAAUUUCAAUAGCCACCGGCCACCAUGGGCAAAGAAACAUUGACUCAGUUUUGCUACAAUUUAACUUUUGCUGAGCAAUGACUAACAUACCGUAAUUGUACAGUUCUGCCAUCUUACAUGAAAACGAUGGAGUUUUCAAACUCUGUAUUCUAUUCGUUUUAAUCCGUUUUUCAGACUUUUUGCCUUAUCAAGUUCAAGACGAAUUCACUGAGUCGUAAAAUUCUAGAUGUUUGACGUGUAUUGUUGACAUGUACCGUCUGACAUGUUUAUUAAUACCAUAUCAUUAUUAUGGUAAUUUUCUAUCAACGGUUUUCUAUAUCACUUGAUCACUCACCAUGUGCAUAUAGCGAAAAAUAAUAAUAAAAAAAGAUCUUCACCCUUUUGUA